ACAACGACAAAACAAAAUUGUCACCACACAUUUUCCCCGUACACUAUAAAAAACUUUUUGGUAUAAAACAAUUUUUCGUUUAGUUUGGCUUAAAAGUAAAAACAAAAUUAAAAAGUAAAGAAAAUACGUGACAAAUUCAAAGUAAGAAAAUUCAGUAAAGAAAAAAAAUAUAUAUAUAAAAGAAAGAAAUAAAAAAAUUUAAAAGAUGGGUCAAGUAAUGGGUGAAAUGCCAACGACGAUGGCAGGAUUAAAGGAAGAACGCGAUCGCAUUCUUCAUUGGAGUGGAGAAAUAUUAGCUAAGGUUAGCGAUAAUGUUCAUAGUGAAGAUACAUUUCUGAUGGAUUAUACCGAUGAAAAACUUAAUCAAAAAGUCAAAGUUUGGAUUGAUAAAGGAACUGCUCAGGUUAACGCAGCUUUGGGUAAAAUUCCGAAUAUUAGCCAGGAAUGUAAAAAUACUACCUUGGCAAAGAUAGAGAAGCUUAAAGAAGAAUUUUCAUCGAAAAUAAGGAAGGAAUACGAAUCGGCAUAUUCCGAAAUACAAAAAUUUACAAAAAAAGUUGACAAAUUCGGCGGCGAGGAAAGAAAAAUACACGAAGCGAUACAACAGAUAGAAAAAGAGGCUGGAGGUGAUAUAGCUAAAUUUCAGAAGAAACUUGGACCAUUAAGAUUGAAAGUCUUUAAAAAUUUAGAGGCAGGUGAAAAAUUUCAAUUCGAAGAUAAACGUUUGAAAGAUACUUUCACGAAGAAGGUUCACGAAAUAGACAGUAAAUUGGCAAGUGAAUGCGACAAAAAAAUUGAAAAGAUCAUCAAGGAAGUUGAAAAAUGUAUGCCGAAGUAAAAAAGAAAAAGAAAAAGGGAAAAACAGAAAAUUAAAAAAUUAAAUUAAAUUAAAAAAAAAAAAAAAAAAAAAAAACAGAAAAAAGAGAAACAGAUUUGUGUAAGUAACUUGUGCGUGACGCGACCAAAUAAACCAUCUAAAAUCGUA